AUGCUUUUUAUAGAGAUUAUUUUCAUUGAAUGGCCUUACCCAAUCUGGCAAUUAUUUAUCAGCAUCUGCGAAAGAUGCUUCGGAUUCUUCAGUAUAAAAAAGAUUUUGCACAAUUGCUAUGUGAACAAAAGCCUGCUAAAUAGAUGCAUUUACCUUAUAGUCCAAGAUUCUUCUUAUCUUCAAAAUCUAUUUUCUACGCUUGCUGGCUCAUCUAAUCUGAAUGAUUCAUGCUUUAGCACAGAAGAUGCUGACUCUCACUGAUACUUUACCAUAAAAGCUUAUUUUAUUUAUAAUCCUCUAAUCAACUAUAUCAUAAAAUAA